CCAGUCCAUUGGAGUCGCUGUUAGAGCACAGCCCAACCUCCUCUUCCCCCGCGUUGGUGCUUUACGCCGGUCUUCACCCAAAACGAGCGCCCAAGAUGCCUUCGAUAGAAUUUGACGAUUCGAAGCCAAGCUGGGCUGACCAGGUAGAGGAGGAAGGAGACGAAGGCACUCUUCCAUCACCAAAAGAGACCAUCAAAGGAAACAUAAAAACUAUCACAGAAUAUAAAAUUGAUGAAGAUGGAAAAAAGUUCAAGAUUGUGCGCACGUUCAAGAUUGAGACCAGAAAGGCUUCCAAAGCUGUAGCAAGGAGAAAGAAUUGGAAGAAGUUUGGCAACUCAGAGUUUGAUGCCCCUGGACCUAAUGUCGCCACAACUACAGUCAGUGAUGAUGUUUUCAUGACCUUCGUCUCGAACAAAGAGGACCUGCAUGCCGCAGACCAGGAUGAGGACCCCAUGAACAAGUUGAAGGGCCAGAAGAUUGUGUCGUGCCGAAUCUGCAAGGGCGACCAUUGGACCACCCGCUGUCCGUACAAGGACACGCUGGGGCCCAUGCAGAAGGAGCUGGCUGAACAGCUGGGCCUGUCCACGGGGGAGAAGGAGAAGGCUGCAGGUUCCAUGGAGCCCGAGCCCGCUCAGCAGCCCGCUAGCAAGACUGGCAAGUACGUGCCCCCCAGCCUGAGGGACGGCGGCACGCGCAGAGGAGAGUCCAUGCAGCCCAACCGCAGAGCUGAUGACAAUGCCACCAUCCGUGUGACCAACCUGUCUGAGGACACGAGGGAGACUGACCUUCAGGAGUUGUUCAGGCCCUUCGGCUCCAUCUCCAGGAUCUACCUGGCCAAGGACAAGAACACUGGCCAGUCCAAAGGUUUUGCUUUUAUCAGUUUCCAUCGCCGCGAGGAUGCAGCCAGGGCCAUCGCUGGGGUGUCUGGAUUCGGCUACGACCAUCUCAUCCUCAACGUUGAAUGGGCUAAGCCUUCAAACAACUGAGUGGGAGAGGUGUGAGAGCGUAUCAGAGAAUAUUCCAGGAGGACAAGUUCAGCGGUCUUCCCAGCAAAUCUUUAAUAAAGGAAUUGAAAUAAA